UCAAUUAAGAGGAAGCAUAACGAAGCAGGCAAGCCAACCUCGUCUCCUCCUCUCGCUAUCUCGCUUUGGGCUGAGCUGCUAUCUCCUACUGGAUUAGCUUUAUCGGCAAGCUUCGUCUGUCGGCCUCCGUCGACUCACUAUAUUUGACGAGCUGCUACGCCAUGUAUUCGCACCAGUGCUGCAAUCUAGUUAGAAAUCUGACUCUUCCGCUAAAUUUUAGGGUUUCGAGACGGUCCGUCCGUUUUUCUGAUCGAUUUUGCACCAAAUCGAUUUGUCUAUUGCAUGCUGCGAGUGUUUCCUGUGCAGUUGAGCAGAACACGGCGAACGAUCAAGUUAGCAGAACAAGAAGUAAUGGGGUUCUUGCUAGGUUAGUUUCCCGCAGAAGUAGCGGAAAAAAGAAUGGCGUUAGGCCCAGUUACUCUUCAUGGGAGGAAUCCGCCAAUGGCGGGAUGAAGUUGAGAGAUGAGAGGGAGGAUGGGGAUAGAAGGAUAAAUUUGAGAAAUGCUGAGUCUGAGAAAGGAGUCUCGAUGGAGGAACGACAGGAAGAAGAGGAGUUGGUUUCCGAACCUGCUGAUGCUCCUAGAUGGAAUAGAAUCAAGACUACGUACAAGGAUUUCACAGAUACAAGGUCUCGGCUUGAUAAGGCAGAUGUUCGCCGCUGGAAUAAGCAGGAAACUUGGGGUAAAACUAGAUGGAAAGAGGCUGCGGAGUCUUCAGUGCCUAAAAUGGUUGGUCAAUGUGUUUAUGGGGUUGGUCCUGUACUGGCCGCAUUGACAGUAGCAAGGAGAGAAUUCUAUGCUCUCUAUGUUCAGGAAGGAGUGGAUUUUACUGCAAACAACAGGAAGAAGAAAGACAAGAAGGGAGUGGAGAAGAUUUUGAAGGUCGCAGAUAAGAUAGGGCUAAAGAUUAUCGAAACUUCAAAGCAUGAUCUGAACAUGGCAGUCGAUAAUCGGCCACAUCAAGGUCUGGUGCUUGAUGCUUCUCCUCUAGAGCUUGUUGAUAUAAGAGAGCUGGAGCCUAUUGCAGAGAGAGAUCAAAGAGCAGCUCCUCUUUGGGUUGCUUUGGAUGAAGUUACUGAUCCUCAGAAUUUGGGAGCUAUUAUUAGAUCUGCUUAUUUCUUUGGUGCAGAAGGAGUUGUACUCUGUGCUAAGAAUUCAGCUCCUUUGACUGGAGUAGUAGGCAAAGCUAGUGCUGGUUCUCUUGAACUGAUUGAAUUGAGAUCAUGCAAGAAUAUGAUGAAGUUCUUGACGUCUUCAAUGGAGAAUGGUUGGAGGGUUCUUGGUGGAUCAGUGUCCUCUAAAGCUCUUACUUUGCGUGAGGUUGAGGCUGGAUUGCCAACAAUACUUGUGUUGGGCAGUGAGGGCCGUGGCUUGAGACCUUUAGUGGAGAUGUCUUGUACUCAAUUGGUACGAAUUCCUGGAAGCAUGACUGUGGAUAGUGGCAAUGGAGACACUGGAGCUGAAGGUGAAGGUAUGGCUCAUAACUGUUUUGGCCAAGAGCUAAAUUUCUUUCUUGCUGUGGAGAGUUUGAAUGUUAGUGUGGCAGCUGGUGUCUUGCUCUACCAUUUGGUUGGGGAUACUAAGCAUUUUUCAAUGGAGAAGAUGAAUAGGAUUUCCAGCUGAGAUUAUAUGAGUAAUGUGUUGAAGUUUUGCUUUUAUUAAUGAAAAUUUUAUCUUCUUAUGUUUGAUUCAAUGUUCACUCUUAAUUAGAUAGAAACUGGCCAUUUCAAAUUAA